UAUUUAUAUAAUAACGAAUAACCAGCCAAUAUGGAAUAUGUAACAUAAUUCAGAUAGUAAACAAUUAAAAACGGCGAUUAAUUUCACUAUUCUGGCAGCACGGAUUCAAUUUACAUUUGCUUUCACUCACACAAACUCAUCGUCGGAAAUACACAACCCGCUUAAUAUCGCCAUAUCAAACCAGCAGCAUUUUGUUCAGUGAAAUGGAAAGCCGCAGUGCAAAAAGUAAAGUUUUCUGCAAAUGUUAUACCCAAGAAGAGUUCUCUUCGGCAAAUAACGGUAAAUUAAGUUCAUCUUCCGGUUCAAAUUAACGGAAUGAGCAUUUACUUUCGUCGAUUGUUCAUCGAUCGAAUGACACACCGCUAGAGGAGAAAAAACGAACAUCGAUUAAGCAUCUGACAAGCGUCAGGCGGUCGGAAUCGACUAAACAAUCAAAAUAAACAAUUCGGAGCCAUGUGCUCGUAACUUGUACUUUUCUCAGAUUUCUGGCCGGCCGGCAAAAAGUAUCUUAUGGCUGCAGAUAGUCGUAGUCCUAAUAGGGAAAGUAAGCACGUGAAUAAUAGUAGAAGGAUACAUCCUUUUUUGCAAAAUUGAAGAAGGCACAGAAGAUUUGGUGUAAAGAAACGAUCCGUAAACAGUGUACCAUGCAGUCAACAGCAAAGAAUUCAAAUAGUAAGAAAGAACAAAAUAACAAACGGAAGCGGAAUCAAUUGACCGAAAAUGGGUUCCAAGAGAAGAGAGCGGAUAACACGGUGUCCGAUGAUGAACAAAAGCGUGAAGCCAAAAAGUUGAAAAGCAAGCAGUGUAUAAAUUCUGUGAUUGAACCAUUAAUACAACACCAGGUCGGUAGGCCAUCUGUAAAAUUCAGGAGUAGAAACCACCACUACGCUAUUCUGCAGCUUCCGAUGCAACCGAACGUAAUCGAUAAGGACUCGCUGUUGAGUCAUUUUCAAACAAAAAGCCCCUUUACUGCCGCUCAUUCGAUGCCACUACAUACCACCCCCGGGCUGGGACCGUCGACGCCCGAUCUGAUGGUACGAACACUACACACCAAACACACAUAUCAACAAGACCUGGCACGUCUCGAAAACAAGUACAAAAACAAUUCCGGUCCGAUCGAAUCCGAUGGCGGAAUGCACGUUCAACAUACGGUGGCCCUCGUAUAUGCGGCCCUUCUUGAUCGGGAUCCCGAUCCGUACAUGCAGCUAAGCACGGGGUAUGAUUAUCACUAUACCGGUGGCACUUUGGUGGCAAUACAAAACAACUCCAACGGUAGUGAUGGAUGUAUUUCAACCAUAUUCAAAGCAAUCGGAGCAAGCUUGGAGAAUGUGGAAGUGCUGCAAAUCGGUGUGUCAGCGCAGGAUGAUUUCCAUUGCGAUGGAGACCUGAAGGUUAGAGAAGCGGAAAUCUGUCCUGUCGGUGCGAUUGGUCCAAUUCUCGAAAUCGUUCCGAACGAGGAUGGCACAGUGGUGUUGGUAAGAAAGCGUAACGUCAUUAUAAUUUUGCGAGAAGUAAAUGUCUCACAGGACGUAAAGGAAUGGCGCGCAGUACAAAAGAUCUUCUCUACGAACCCGUUUGCAAGCAUUUGUUUUGUCACGAGACCGUCGACAGCAUGCGAAACACUUACCCUCUGCACAACCGACUAUGAGCAGGAACUGCAACUGUGGAUUGUCAGUGAUGAUGAAGCAUCAUGUGAGGACAUGGUAAAGCUUCCUUCAUCAGCAACGUCCGCGGCUGGUACGAGGCUGACGCAUCAUUCUUCAGACAACUGGUCGGCGGUACGGUCGGUUGAUGGUGAUUCCCUUGUGGCGUGUCUGGACCGGAGGGCCAUUCACUUUUACGCAGUUCUGCAAAAUGAAUCGUUGAGUUCGGAUUCGGAAGCAGACACGUACCAACUAGUUCACCGUGGUGGAAAUGAUUUUUCCAGCUGGACGAUGAACUGCGAAAAAUGUUGUGCUGUAGAGACGACGCCUUCGGAAGGGCUCCUUUUUGUAGCCACCUGUCACAAACUAAUUGUGGGAAGGAUCGAGAAAAAAGGUACGCAAUUGCUGGAAAAAAGUGAGCGAUCGGAUCAUUCAUUUGUGGCCGGUGAAGAAACCAUCGAAUUAAAAGUGCUUCUCGUGUUCGCUCACAAUCUAAAGCAACGUCCCGUCUUUAUUAGCCACCAAUGGGAACCAGCGACCAACGAUAAAGAGGAUGAACAUCAUUUCGUGCUCUUCGGCAGCCACCUACCGAUGAGCUAUGGUGUAGCAAAUUUCACUCGAUCUGGAUCAUCCACACCGGUAUAUGCUGCCCGGCACUAUGCUUACCAUCCGCCUACUUUUCACGACACUUACAGGGUAGCACAAACGCGAGGCUGCUGUCUAUCGGCUUACGAACCAUUAAAGAAACGUUUUUACGCUUGUCAAUCGGGAGCAGUAUUAAUCCGGGGUGUAACACGUGACGACGAAGAAGAUCCCCGGAUGCACAUCCUGCUGCAAACCUCCGCUGGAGAUGUGUUACAACAACGGCUCUCAUAUAAUUUCGAACGUGCUGAAGAAAAGAUUGAUCGAGCAAGCGUUGAACAGCAGAAGCAAACGAUGGCGCAAAUUUUGCAACACUGGCAUGACACGUUGGUAAAGCAGGCGGGCAAAAUUCCAUACAGUGCCACCAGCUUUAGGACGAUGCAAAAGUUUCGCGACAUCUUCAACUGUCCGCUCGGUGGGAAUGAUCUGAAAGAGGUACUAUUUCUGCCCCCGAAGAUUAAAAGAAUAAGAAAGAAAGUAUCCCGCACGGCUGACAGCAAUAGCGACUGCGACGGGGAGGAAAGCCAAGAUGAGAGCAGAGACGACGAAGGACAGCAAUCUACAACUCAGGACGAUACGUCUGAUCUCUCGGUAAUUAUGCGACGCUACGUAAAAGAACGGCGUCAAAGGUAUGGCAACAAACCGCCCAUACCUUGGAAGCAAACAACCGAAGAGCUGCAACAAUAUCGCGAUGCGCUGGCGCCGUCGAUCCUUGCCGUGUGGGGUAUUGCUAAUUCUGCCGCUCCUGGUCAUAGCACAAAUGCGGGGCGUAUUCCCACUCAGUUGCCACCGUUGGUGGACAUUAAUGAGCGUGUUGGAAACUGGGUUAAUGAUAUGUCCAGUGAGCGGCGCGAACUGGAAACUGUACCGGAGGAAGAUGAUACGAUCGUCGACUUGAAUAGUGUGUCCAUGGAUGCGAUGCCGAGAAAGGACGAGUACAAUAGUGAGGAUUUGCUUACACAACCAUGGACGAUGUCGCCAACAUUCACAGCUGCCCCACUGUCCCAGCCACUGGAGCAAACUAAAAAGACAAACGUUAGGCCUCCGAGAAGACCGUAUUCUCAAGGGUUCUAAAAGAUGGUAUAACAGGAACGGAUAACAGAUCGUACAAACAAGAGUUAGUAAAAUAAUACGGAUAUUUUUAUCCAAUUUGCCAACGCUAUUCGUUGCUGUGUUUUUUGGUUUUUU